GGCCGAGUGAACAUGGCGUCUACCGUGCGCCCUUCCUUCUCCCUGGGGAAUGAGACCCUGAAGGUGCCGCUGGCACUGUUCGCCCUGAACAGGCAGCGCCUGUGUGAGAGGCUGAGGAAGAAUGGAGCUGUGCAGGCCGGCUCAGCUGUCGUGUUGCAGGGCGGGGAAGAGAUGCAACGAUACUGCACCGAUACCUCCAUCAUCUUCCGCCAGGAGUCCUUCUUUCACUGGGCCUUCGGUGUCAUCGAGUCAGGCUGCUAUGGUGUCAUUGACGUGGACACUGGAAAGUCAACCCUGUUUGUGCCCAGGCUUCCUGCCAGCUAUGCCACCUGGAUGGGAAAGAUCCAUUCCAAGGAGCAUUUCAAGGAGAAGUACGCAGUGGACGAUGUCCAGUACGCGGAUGAGAUUGCCAGUGUCCUGACUUCACGGAACCCCUCUGUCCUCCUCACUUUGCGCGGUGUCAACACAGACAGUGGCAAUGUCUGCAGGGAGGCUUCCUUCGAGGGCAUUAGCAAGUUCACUGUCAACAACACGAUUCUUCACCCAGAGAUCGUGGAAUGCCGAGUGUUCAAGACAGACAUGGAGCUGGAGGUUUUGCGCUACACAAAUCGGAUCUCCAGUGAGGCCCACCGUGAGGUGAUGAAGGCUGUAAAAGUGGGGAUGAAGGAAUACGAGAUGGAAAGCCUGUUCCAGCACUAUUGUUACUCUAAAGGUGGCAUGCGCCACACCUCUUACACCUGUAUCUGCUGCAGCGGUGAGAACGCAGCCGUGCUGCACUACGGCCAUGCCGGGGCCCCCAAUGACCGGACGAUCAAGGAUGGAGAUAUUUGCCUGUUCGACAUGGGUGGAGAGUACUACUGCUUCGCUUCUGACAUCACCUGCUCCUUCCCUGCCAAUGGCAAGUUCACAGACGACCAGAAGGCCAUCUACGAAGCAGUGCUCAGAAGCUGCAGAACGGUCAUGAGCACUAUGAAGCCAGGUGUCUGGUGGCCUGAUAUGCACCGGCUGGCUGACCGCAUCCACCUGGAGGAACUGACACGCAUUGGCCUCCUGAGUGGCAGCGUGGAUGCAAUGCUCCAGGUCCACCUGGGAGCAGUAUUCAUGCCACAUGGACUCGGCCACUUUCUGGGCCUAGAUGUGCAUGAUGUGGGAGGCUACCCUGAGGGUGUAGAGCGCAUCGAUGAACCUGGCUUGCGAAGCCUGCGUACAGCAAGGCACCUGGAGCCAGGCAUGGUGCUGACUGUGGAGCCAGGCAUCUACUUCAUUGACCACCUCCUGGACCAGGCCCUGGCAGACCCGGCCCAAGCCUGCUUCUUUAACCAAGAGGUCCUACAGCGUUUUCGCAACUUUGGUGGGGUCCGUAUUGAGGAAGACGUUGUCGUGACCGACAGUGGCAUGGAGCUGCUGACAUGUGUACCCCGGACUGUGGAAGAAAUUGAAGCAUGCAUGGCAGGCUGUGACAAGGCCCUUGCACCCUCUGGCCCAAAAUAGAGUCAGCUGGGACACUGGGCCCUGACCUUGUAAGCUUCCUGUAAUGUUAGCCUGCCCAUGGCACCCCAACAGCAAGAUCCUGAAGCUCAAGUUUGAUCCUAACAAAACCACCGCUGCUGCGGUUUCUGGGAGAAGCAAGCAUUUAUUCACCUGCAAGAUCACAUCCCUAACCUUGACUUUGCUUAAGAGUGCUGAAUGAAGAUCCUGUCCCUAAAUCAUAACUCAAUUCUUUUGCUCAAGGAAAAUGCACUUGUCUUCUUCCAAAAAAAAAAAAUCAAUAUGCAAAAUGGAAUUUGAAAUAAAAGCUUUUCUAAAAAUG